AUGGAGAGACGGAGACAGGAAAUGGAGCCUGAGCCCCUCCGACACAAGCGCGUUCCAAGCCCGCAUUCUGCUUCCUGGCCUCCCGCCUCAGAGUGGACAAUCUCAAGUGCAAACCUUCACCCGGCGCAGUCCCAGAGCUUGGGAUCCUGCUGGGCUAGACUCACGGACCCCCGCGGACGUGCUGGGAUGCUCCUCAGAUCCCCACCGCUCUCGGAGCAGGCAGGCGCCAGUCCGCGCCCAAGUUCCCUUCAGGCUGGAGAGCUGGCGGCCCAGGGGGAAUCGCAGAGUCAGGAAAAUCUCUCAAGUCCCUCUCCGUCAACUUCAGAAGUUUAUAAGAUAAGCUUUAUAUUUCCAAAUGGAGACAAGUAUGAUGGUGAGUGUACAAGAACAUCUUCUGGGGUCUAUGAGAGAAAUGGAAUAGGGAUUCAUACCACUCCUAAUGGGAUUAUCUACACAGGGAGCUGGAAAGAUGACAAGAUGAAUGGUUUUGGGAAACUUGAGCAUUUUUCAGGAGCAGUAUAUGAAGGACAAUUUAAGGACAAUAUGUUUCAUGGACUGGGAACUUACAUAUUCCCAACUGGGGCAAAGUACACUGGAAAUUUCAAUGAAAAUAGGGUGGAAGGUGAAGGGGAAUAUACGGAUACCCAAGGACUGGAAUGGAGCGGUAACUUUCACUUCACAGCCGCUCCAGGCCUGAGGCUGAAACUCCACCUGUAGAUAUUCUGCAUAAAAUAGUUUAAGUGUGAUAAUUGCAACUUGUAGUCAUAAGGAAAGGAAUUAAAUCUGUGAUAUAUAAUCACUUCAUACACCAUCUCUAUGAGUUUGCCAAUAAAA